UAAAUAGAUAGAUAGAAAUAGCAGUGAUUCCACCUGACUAGACUAACACAGAGUGUGACCUCCCUCUAGCGGUUCCAAAUCCCGUUAGUAAAGUUUGGGUAGCGGAGCGGACAGAAGACCCCAUGCAAAAUGCGCCUGCGUGGAUGUUAGCAUGUUUGCAGCCACUUCCUAGAUACAGAGGAGAAAGCCAACGUCUUGCUGCGGCUGCAUCAGAACAUCAGAUCACAAAGUAGAAGACCCUGCUUCUGGUGCAGCGUGCACUUCGCUGGCUGCUGCCACAGAUCCGUUACCCUGGGGCUCUCCGUCACUUCUUCGGCCUUCCAAAAUGCCUGCCGCCCUAGCGGACACCAGCCAGAUCAUCUGUGAAGUAUGGGCCUGCAACCUGGAGGAGGAGAUGAGGAAAAUACGGCAGAUCGUCCAGAGCUACAACUUCAUCGCCAUGGACACGGAGUUCCCCGGUGUGGUCGUCCGGCCAAUCGGUGAGUUCCGCAGCACGGUGGAGUACCAGUACCAGCUGCUGCGGUGCAACGUGGACCUGCUGAAAAUCAUCCAGCUUGGCCUCUCCUUCAUGAACGAGGACGGGGACUACCCGCAGGGCACCACCACGUGGCAGUUCAACUUCAAGUUCAACCUAACAGAGGACAUGUACUCCCAGGAGUCGAUAGACCUCCUGACGAACUCGGGCCUCCAGUUCAAGAAGCACGAGGAAGAGGGCAUCGACACGCUUUACUUCGCCGAGCUGCUCAUGACGUCAGGCCUGGUGCUGUGCGAAAACGUCAAGUGGCUGUCUUUUCACAGCGGCUAUGACUUUGGCUACCUGGUGAAGCUCCUCACAGACGCCCGGCUCCCGGAGGAGGAGCAUGAGUUCUUCCACAUCCUCAACCUCUUCUUCCCGGCCAUCUACGACGUCAAGUACCUCAUGAAGAGCUGCAAGAACCUCAAGGGCGGGCUCCAAGAGGUGGCGGAUCAGCUGGAGUUGAAGCGGAUUGGCCGGCAGCACCAGGCAGGCUCUGAUUCGCUGCUGACGGGGAUGGCCUUCUUCCGCAUGAAGGAGCUGUUCUUUGAAGACAACAUCGACGACGCCAAGUACUGCGGGCGUCUGUACGGCCUGGGCUCCGGCUCGACCCAGAGCCAGAACGGCAUCUCCAACUCGUCCCAAGAAGAGAGCAACAGCAAGCACUGACCACCAAGACAUCGCCCAAGCAAGACCAUGAUGCACUUGUUUAUUCAGUUCCAUUCGUGUCUACGUAACAGUAUCAACCCUUCCAGCAACAACAUUACAAACUCUUGUUUUCAAAAAAAAAGAAGAGGAAAAAAACUUAAAGACAAACAACAACAACAACAACAACAAAGGAACCAACCAAGAAUCAUUCCAGUGGAUUUCAGCCAAUGUGACCAGGCCUGGUUUGCCCAGUCGAUGACUCAACGCACGAAUAAACCAAUCCAAAGCGUUUGGAUGAAGUUAGAGGAUUUUUGUAUUCACCAGUUGUUGUUUUUAUUUUUUUCCUUUUAUUCUCUUCUUUUUUGCCUCAGUUUUUUUUGUUUUGCUUUGUUCUGCGUUGGUUGUGGCUGGAGCGGGAACUGUGCCCUAGUGAAACAUGGACACCAGCGACACCUAGAGGUCACUAUCUGCACAGCAGCCACCACCAGCCCCACACUCAACAACACACACAGCAAACCACUCUGGCUCCUGGUUCCGGCUGCUGCUCGGCCCCGACCUGGCCCAGAGUCCGUCUGCUGUGUGACCCCAGGGUACAGUUCUUCCCUCCAGACUCUCCUUCUUGUUUCUUUUUUUUUUGGAACGUGGAGACAGACUGAUGGCGGGAGGGGCGAGGAUUUUAACGGAAGCUUUAAAGAAAAAUAGAAAACAAAAGAAAAAUGAGGAGGUGGCGGCGGCAGCAGCAGCAGCAGCAGUGGCGGCAGGCAUUGGGAUGCAGACGGGUGUUUUCUGUGCACCCUCGGCGGAGUCUGAGUGGGAAUUUUAUUUGGUUGGGAAUGGCGCCCCCUGGGUGGCACAGGUUGGCAUGGGCCUAGCAGCCCUUUGCCCUCCACCCCCCUCUCCAUGAAUGUCCAACCCCAUGAUUGUGGCAUCUUUUUAUUGUAAAGGAUAUGUGUUGUUUAAAGCUGUUGUACAUUAAAAAUGUUUAUACAAAGA